CCUCCCUCCCUCUCUUCCCCAACCUCUCCACCCCAAAACACUUUGCUUUCCUUCCCUUUUUCCUUCUCCCCCUUCCAUUCCUCCUCGCUUGCGUUGCGUGCAUCCCUUCCUCUCGCCAUUACUCCCCAUCUCGCGAGCUCGCUCUCCCCCCAGCAAUGCCGCCGUGGAGCCACCGCGGCCUCCGGCGGUGCUAGAUCCACGCCACAGGGAGCUCGGGCGCCGGCGGCGGCGGCGCCGGAGGUGUGGGGAUAUAUCAAGAAACGGGUGUGGCCGGGACAGGCGGGCGCGGCAAAUGCACGAGCACAUCCGCGCCAGGGCGUGGGAGGCGACGGUGCGCAAGGUGGUGCAGCAGCAGCAGCCGCAGCCGCAGCCUGGGGGCAGCAGGCGCCGCGUGUCCCCGAUGCUGGCCGCCGACGACCCCGAGACGGCGUCCUCGUCGUCGGCGUCCACGGCCGGCGGCGGCGACGACGGCGGGUACGUCGAGCGCGGCCUCCCCAACGGUGACUUCUACACGGGCCAGUGGCGCGGCGGCGCGCCGCACGGCGCCGGGAAGUAUCUGUGGACGGACGGGUGCAUGUACGAGGGCGAGUGGCGGCACGGGAAGGCGACGGGGAGGGGCAGGUUCUCGUGGCCGUCGGGCGCCACGUACGAGGGGGAGUUCAGGGACGGGUUCAUGGACGGCGCCGGGACGUACACCGGCGCCGCCGGGGACACGUACCGGGGCUCGUGGUCCAUGAACCUCAAGCACGGCCACGGCAAGAAGAGCUACGCCAACGGCGACCACUACGACGGCGAGUGGCGCUCCGGGCUCCAGGACGGCGCCGGCCGCUACAUCUGGCGCAAUGGCACCGAGUACACGGGGCAGUGGCGCGGCGGCCUCAUCCAUGGCCGCGGCGCGCUCGUCUGGUCGAACGGCAACCGCUACGAUGGCGGGUGGGAGGACGGGUGCCCCCGCGGGCAGGGCACCUUCCGAUGGGCCGACGGCAGCGUCUACGUCGGCUACUGGACGCGCGACGCCGCCACCGGCAUUGUCCAGCAGAAGGGCGUCUACUACCCGUCCCCGGCGGCGUCCUCCCCGACGGCGCGCGACCCCCGCGACGUGUUCGCGAGGGACCUCCCGGGCUUCAUGGGCGGAGCCGCCGAGCCGGCCGCGUCUCUGCCGCACAGGUCGCUGAAUCACUCCGGCAACAGAGGCGGCGCCGCGGCGGCGGCGGGCAAUGCGCGGUCGAGCUCCGCGUCGGGGCUGAGCAACAGCUCCGGCGGCGACAGGAAGUACGACAAGAUUUGCAUUUGGGAGUCCGACGGGGACAUCACCUGCGACAUUGUCGACGGCGCCGCGUUGGCCGACGAGGCGGUGGGCCCCAGGAGGAGCAUCAAGGCGGCCGCCGCCGGUGAUGGGCUGGUCCUCGCGCCGCCGUCGCCGGCGCCGCGCAUCGCCAAGUGGGUGCCACCGCGGGAGGCGAAGCGGCAGGGCGAGACCAUCGCCAAGGGUCACAAGAAUUACGAGCUCAUGCUCAACUUGCAGCUCGGGAUCAGGCAUGCAGUCGGGAAGCAAGGUCCAGUUACGCUUGAUCUGAAAUCCUCGGCUUUUGACCCAAAGGAAAAAGUAUGGACAAAGUUCCCUCCAGAAGGCUCAAAAUACACCCCUCCGCACAAUUCUUGUGAUUUCAAAUGGAAGGAUUACUGCCCUCAGGUGUUCCGGACGCUGCGCAAGUUGUUCAAGGUGGAUGCUGCUGAUUAUAUGUUAUCCCUUUGUGGAAGUGAGGCUCUGCGUGAGCUCUCUUCUCCUGGUAAAAGUGGAAGCUUCUUUUACCUUACAAAUGAUGAUCGAUACAUGAUAAAGACAAUGAAGAAAUCGGAAGUAAAGAUGCUGCUUAAGAUGCUUCCUGCUUACUAUAAUCAUGUCCGUUCAUUCGAGAACACUCUAGUUACCAAAUUUUUUGGUCUACAUUGUGUUAAAUUAGCUGGGGCAAACCAGAAAAAGGUUCGCUUUGUCAUCAUGGGAAAUCUGUUCUGCUCUGAUCAUUCCAUCCAUAGGCGUUUUGAUCUAAAAGGCUCGUCUCUUGGCCGAACAACUGACAAGCCACAAACUGAGAUUGAUCAGUAUACAACUCUGAAGGAUCUUGAUCUGAAUUUCAUAUUUAGACUGAAGAAGCAAUGGUUCCAUGAGUUCCAAAGGCAAGUGGACAGGGAUUGCGAUUUCCUUGAGCAGGAGAAGAUCAUGGAUUACAGUCUUCUGGUGGGUGUACAUUUUAGAGGCAAUAGAGAGAAGCUUCUGAGCGAAGGUUCCACCGAUUACGAUAUCAACAAAAUAUCUACUCCUCGUCUUUCAAGAGGAAAUGUGGAUCAGUGUCUCACUGAUCCAAACAGGUGGCCUAAAAUCAAGCUCGGAGCAAACAUGCCUGCAAGAGCUGAACUGACUGCUCGGAAGAAUGAUUUGGAACCACAGCUUAUUGGAGAGCCAACUGGGGAGUAUUAUGAUGCUAUAUUAUAUUUUGGGAUAAUAGACAUACUUCAAGAUUAUGAUAUCAGCAAAAAGCUCGAGCAUGCAUACAAAUCUUUCCAGUAUGACCCAACCUCAAUAUCAGCGGUGGACCCAAGGCAGUACUCUAGACGUUUUAAAGAUUUUAUAUACAAAGCAUUUCAAGAAGACAGGCUAGAUAGCUGAAAAUGUGUUGAAGCUCAAGAAACCUCUGCCUCCAGGUGUAGAUGAACUUUAAACUGUCCAAAGAAAGAUCAGGCUGUCACACCAUGCAAAAUGCAGUUGGGCACUCUACUUGUGUGCUGUCAAUUGUAUGUAUGAAAAUGGAUGGCAGCUUCAGUGGAAGUGAUCUUGGUGGUAGAGCUGCUUGAACUCAUGGUUUUCCAACAGAGGUAGUCUGGCUGUAGCGUAAAUAUAAAUAGCUUUAUACACACAUAUAUAGAGCUCACUAAUAUUUUGUAGGGUAGAUGUUAACUCAAUGAUUCAACUUACAGAUAGGAAAUUUGUAGCCAUGCACAAAAGUGCGCAAGCCAGUCCGGAGUUGUAAAUGUUUUUACCUGAGGGUAACAUGUAUCAGGUACUAUUCUUUUGUAACUGUCUUGAUCAAUACCCAUAGGAAAUCCUUGGAUAAUCACUCUACUUCACUCUGUACAGUGUUUUUUCUUUGGGACCUUGGUGGCUAUUUGCCUAGUACUAGUGAUGCCACAGUUUUGUUCUCCUUUCCUGGAAUGAAUGAUCAUUUGUUGGCUAUA